UUUUGUUGAAGACUGCUUGAAUUUUUUAUUAGUGUAGUGUACGUCAAAAUGAUCAUAAUUAAACUUUUUGUAUGUGUUAUCAUUUACAAAAAAUAUUCAAUUUCCUUAGACCCUUUAGAGUUGCAUUGUAAUUUCUCUAAACAUUUGUUUAAUUAUUUCAAGUACAAUGAGCAAUAUUUAUUUAAUUUCGAAAAUAAUAUUUCUGAACCUGAAUUAAAAGAUUAUGGAAAAGUAGUAAAAUCUCAUGGCGAAAUUGUUAUGAUAAUGUUAGAUUCAUUACAUGAAAUGGACGAGAAGUAUAUCGCAGCAGAUUUAAUGACUGUAAAUUUAUACUUGAACAACGUUUCGGAAUCUAUAAAUAUGAUUGCUAAAAAUAAAUAUGGCGAGUUCAGUAGAUCUGAUAAAUCACAGAAUUUGCUUGAAGGCUAUAAAAUUCUACAUCGUUCAAUUGUAGGAAGAUUGAAAUAUUUUUUAAAUGAAAACUGUUUAAAUAUAUCAGUUAAAAAUGAUUUCAUAUAUCUAACUAAUUUUCAAGAGCCAAUAAAACACAGCCUGGAAGUCUUACGUAAUGAAAUCGAAAAACUAAAUAAUAAAAUAAUUAAAAUUAUGAAAGAAUAUUUGACUUUAAGAGACAUGUUUGUGAUGGAAAAUAAUGAAAAAUUAAAAAAUUAUUGUGACAUAAUAAAACAGUUAGCGUUGGCUUUUGAAAGAAAAUCAUUCAAUAUUUUCAAUCCGAAAAAUGUUUUGUUUUACGAUUUGAUGGAAAAUCGGCCUUGUUUUUUGGAGCUAGAUCUUGAAUCGGGUUCUCAAGCAAAACAAUAUGUUAGAUACAACAGCGACAAUGAACUAAACGAUGUUUUAGACAUGGUUCGAUAUGCCCCGUUGUUAUUAUAUAGUUCUAAUAAUUAUCAAAUUAAGUUAUUGGAUGUGUUUCGUUUCGUCAAGUUCGAUUUUGACUUACAAAAUUUACAAGCAUUUAUAAAUUUGGUAAAUGCAGCAACAGUUCGUCCAAUUAUGAUGAUUAUACGUUUUUAUUUUUCAUUAGUCAGAAAAUUCCUUUUAGCUUGUGAAUUUAAAAAUGAGGAAUUAAAAAACGAGAUGAAAUAUAAAAUUAUUGAUAUGGGUCAAAAUAUUAUUGAAAAUAUGAAAUCCUUUAAGGAUAUGAAUUUAUUUAUAGAACAAUGUACAACGACCAUUGAUCGUGUUUUUAAUUUAUCAUACAAAGUUAUUUCUUCUUUCAAAGAACGUAAGGAUUUAUUCUUAAGCAGUGAAAUACAAAAAAUUUCAAAACAUAUCAGUGAUUAUAUGAAAAAAAAUAUUUUAAGAAACUGUUUUAGUCAGUCACUUGAUACAUAUAGCAUAAAUUGCAAUAUUAGUAGCUAUUAUGAUAUUACUGAAAAGAGUGUUAAUGAAAUUGUAUUAUUUGUAUCAGAAUUAAAAAAAUAUCAGUAUUAUUUUGAAAUAGCAAAAAAAUUUUCUCAUAAAUCAUUCUCUAAUUGGGUAACAACUAUAAAUACAAUAAAAAAUAAUAUUCCUAUUGAACAAUUAGGAAAUCAUGAAGACAUAUAUCGACCACUUUAUAUUCCUGGUGUUAAUACAAUCGAUAGAAAGAAACAUUAUACUCAUAGCUCAAGUGAUAAAAAUGAUGAAAAUGAUGACAAUAAAAAUUUUGAUUUGAGAACUGAGACAUAUUACACUCCCAAAUAUCUAGUUGAUUAUUUACUUUAUAAGUAGUUUUUACAAUUUAUUUUCUUUGUAUAUGAUGAAAUAAAGUUCAUACAUAGUAUAAAGCGUACGAAAAUAAUAUAAUGUAGCAUAAUUAUUUAAAAAAUUAAUCAAUAAUAAUUAUAAUUGAUAAUUUACAGUUAAGAAUAUAAAUUACAAAGAUUUUUCACGAAAUUUUCCUAUGAAAAAAAAUUAUAUUCAUAAUUAUUUUAAUAAUAUAUUCAUGAUAGUUAAUUG